AAAUUCUGUAGGGCUGAGAUUUUUAACCGAACCGAACCGAAAAAUUUCGGUUAGUUCCGGUCGGUUCAGUAACAAAAAAAAAAUGGAAAAAGGGAAAAAAAUAAAAAAGGUAGGUGAUGCACAAAAGGGUUUUUGAGAGGUUUAACACAGAAGCUUCGUUUACAAAUCUACGAGUCGGCGGCUGCGAAACAACGACUCUCCAUAGAGAUCCGAUCUCACGGCUUAGAGUAAAGAACGAUCAUGUCAUCUCCGGAUCCGAAGACAGAGAAUUCCGAUUCCCAACCUCCGUCAGAGGAGCUGGGAGAUUCGUCAACUGUUUGGAAAGAUCCGGUUGAAUCCGGAUCUCCGAAUGAAGAAGGAUCGGAUCCUCCAAAGGAAGGAGGAGACGCUGAGGAGGAAGAGGAAGGAGAGUGCGGGUUCUGCUUGUUCAUGAAAGGAGGAGGAUGCAAAGAGUCGUUCACGGCGUGGGAAGUGUGCGUGGAGGAAGCUGAGAAGAACAAGGAGGACAUCGUCACCAAGUGUAUGGAAGUCACUAGUACCUUGAAGAAAUGUAUGGAUGAACAUUCCGAUUACUACCAGCCCAUUCUGGCUGCGGAGAGAGCUGCUGAAGAGCAGGUUAAGAAGGAGCUCGAAGGGGACAAGGAGAAGGAGGUCUCUGAAGAGGAAGCGGCGGCGAUGAAGCAAGCUCGGGGUUAAACUUGAGAGGAGAUUUAGAACAAAAUCUCAGGGCCAGAAGGAAAAUCUUUACUGGGUUUAGUCUCUGAAUAAUCUAUGCAUAUGCCAAACAUUACACAACUUCUUGUCUGUGAUCAGUCAGCUACCAUAUUUUGUUUGCUACCUGCAGAACAAAGCUCAGGGCCAUAAAGAAAAUCUUUACUGGUUUAGUCUCAGAACGCAUAGACUUGGAAUCAACCCCUUGAGACAGAAGAGUUGAGAGAGACCACAUCAGUAUGUUAGGCUAUUGCCAAACUUUGAAAUUUCUAUAAGAUGAGAGAUACAGAAUCUUGUUGUAGUUACAUCUUAACUUACGUAAAAACAAAUAAAUCAAGAUCAGCAACUAUGCAGAAACAAAAAAAAAACUGAAAAAAGUUACAAAACAAAAA